GUUAAAUCAUUAAAUCAUCAUUGGUGAAGUUCUGGAAGAUGAUGUUCACUGGUGGUUCUCAUGCGAAGAGGAGAAACGCCGGUGGCGGCAGUGGAUCAGGUUUUUCUGGAAGGAAAUCAUCUGUAGAUCAACGAAAUCUUUCGACGCGCAGCGUUGGAGCUGAAGGAUACAUAUACAGGACAAGAGUACCGACGCUAAAUCCUACGGAUCCCUCGACAACUACGACGCAAAGCAAAAUAUACAUUUAUAGAACCAGAGUUCCAAGGAAAGAUCUUGCGGAGUCAACAAUGUCGACGACUCCGCUGUUACGAGAGAACAACGUUGGACGCGCCAUAACGAGAAGAAGGGGUGCUGUUAAACAUAACAAAGUGCACAUUGUACGAGGUCACAAACUUGUAGCCAAGUUUUUUCGGCAACCGACAUUCUGCACUUUUUGUAAAGAUUUUUUGUGGGGUUUUGGAAAACAGGGUUAUCAAUGUCAAGCAUGUCAAACGGCAGUACAUAAGAAAUGUCAUGACAAAUUAUUAACUAAAUGUCCUGAGAGUGGAAGAGAAUCAGAAAAUACAAUAUAUUUGAGAGAACGUUUUAAGAUAGACGUUCCCCAUAGAUUUCGUACUCACACAUUCAUGUCACCGACUUUCUGCGAUCAUUGCGGCUCAUUGUUGUAUGGAUUGUUUCGACAAGGUUUAAGAUGCGACGGUAAGAAUAAGAAGGUGCAAAAGAAAAUGCCGUACUAUAAUGAUGUACCGUACUAUUACGGAGGAGGAGCUUAUGCUAAUCACAGCUCAUUAAUGACGGGAGUAGGACGAAUGCCUUUUCACACUUCGUUGUCGCGUUUCUCACCGCAUCUGUCGACGAUUUCCGAAUCGCCACUCAGCCAUCUGCAUCGUUUUUCGCCGAUCUCUGUGAGAUCAGCAAGACGAGUGAUCGACACGGCUGAUAUCGAUGUCUCGUCACCGAGAAUACUCUCGCACAAUAGGAAUCCUCCUAGAAAUUUACGUCGCGAUCGGGCGACUAUCAAGAUCAGAUCGCAAGCCUUAAAAGAUAAUCCAGCUUUACGCGAGCACAACGAGAAGCAUGAAAAAUCAAUAGGUGAACUGCUAAUGGAGAAGUUUAUUAUUAAAGACAAAAAGUUAGAUAACGAUAAUAGUCAACAGGGAACACGUUUAUAUCAUCAGGUCAAUUUAGAUCGUUUAGAAGAUUCUGAGGAGCGGGAAGCUGUGCGAAAGCGAAUCACUCGCAGAUUUACGCGACGUAGGUCUUCCGCCGAUUUGCAACUUAAUCUCGAGCAAAUGCAACGAGAGGCUGCAUACGCGCAAGUACAGGCGAAAGUCUUAGACAGUCUUGUAGCCGAAGAGCAAGCUCAGAUCGAGAAUGAGACACGUCGAGGUACUUUAAUGUUUAGAAAGGGAACGACGGCAAAAGGAUUGCUCGAGCAUUCGUCGUUCGCGAACAACGUCGAUUCUGAUAUAAUGACUCAGGAGGAAGAAAAAGCGGCUAUGACAAGGAUAAAGAAAGCUAUGAAAAAAACAAAGAAAAAGAGAUUUGACAAAUUAUCGUCCACUGAUAAGAUUGAUAAAAGGCGAUCAAGUAGCUCUAGUGAAAUUUCCAUUGAUUCGCAGAUUAAAGAAAAUGAUGAGCCAAGACCUCAGAUAUAUAAGAUCGAGGCAUGUAAUAGCGCUGGGGAUUUCUCCACAAUUUGGAUGAAUGCAAAUGCAGAGAACAAAAAGCGCAAAUCGACAGACGAAAAAUUUAAUGAGAAUGUAAAAGGCUCUAGUAGAUUUGAAUUAAAAACUGGAAACGAAACGGACGUUACCUCGAAUGAUACAGACGAAGCAGAAACGCAAGUCGUGUUGGCAGUGCGAAAAUCUUACGUAAAGGAUUUGUCAAGAAAUAGCGCGCGUUUAACAAUAAAAAAACCUACGGAAAAGUUUAAUGAGAAGCUCAAAGAAAUCGAAAAACUCGAUGUGAAAAUCAAUGAAGAUCAAUUGAACUUAACGAAUGUCAGCUUUGCUGACAUCGAAAACAAUAUUUUUACAAAUAACGCAUCAAAAAGUUCAACAGAUGUAGAUUUAACGAGGCAGAAUUGCAAGAAUCAAAUAGUCAGUGAUAUUAAAGAUUUUAAAAGAUCAAAAAAAGCAGCGUAUAAAUCUAAAAAUACGGAAUCCUUGGCAAGAAAUGAUAUUCCCAUAUCGAACGAUAGCUCGUUGAAUAAUCGAGACAUCAAUAUCUUAGCAGUUAAAAGUGAUAUACAAGAAAUCGUUACUAAAGAUUCAUCAUUCUCAAAGGAAACUGAAACAACUCCCACACAAUCGAACAUUUUAGCUUUUAUUUCGACAAACGCAUCAAGAAACGAGUCGCAAAUGGAAUGUCUUCGAGGAAUAUAUGAAGACACUUUUAUCGCGGAUGUAAAAAAUGACGAAAGUCAGAAUGAUCAUAAUAUGAUCGAUAAUAUUACCGAGAAGGUAUUUGACUAUCUGGAAGCCGAUUCGACUGUCAAAACACCGAAAAUACUCGCUAUAAAAAAUGCUGUCGCUUCCGUUGAUAGUGAUAAGCUCAUAACAGAAAAAUUCAGGCCAAAGAUUUUGCCGAUAUCGCACAAUGAGAACAUAAUAAAGCAAAACGUCGAAAUCAAAACUUGCGACAAUGUUGGUAAAAACAACGUCAGCGGUAUGAUGCUCACAACAAAUAGCGCGACCUGUCGUCUGCCAAAACUGUCUAAAAUUAAUACGGAUAGAAAUAAUGCCGUAGAAGCGCCAAAGCUUUCGUUACGAGAGACUGCAGAGUAUCGGGCUGACUCGCUGAAAAGUGAUCAUGACGUCGGGACUGCCGCUAUCGUAUUGCCGGAAAAGAAGAUGAACAAAACAUCGAACUUGGCGCAAGUUUCUUCCUUCAAUGCCUCGAAGAGAACCAGUAGCGUAGACGCGUAUAAACUAACUUCUAAAAUCAACGCAACUCGACACAAUAAUGCAGUCAAGUUAGAAGCUAACGAAACGACCUUGCUCAAGGAAACAAAUGACAAAGUGUAUAGUAAUGAAUAUUUUGACAAGGCAAAACUAGCAACGGAUAUUAAUCCGACAGAAGGUGUCGAUUUGAUAGAAACAUCGAGAAACAAUGUGAAAAGGACUGACGAAAAUAUGUUAACCUUGAAAAUAACUGAUUCAUCAAAUAUCGAAAGUGAAAUUACCAAAUCAACAGCAGAUGCAAAAGAAGUGGAAUUAAAGACUGACUCAAUUAAAAAAAUUAACUUUAACGUAGCAAAGGAUUCUUCGAAAGACUUAUUGAAUGUCAAGAGUAAGAUGCCGAUGCUCUUAGAAAAUAAUAUAAACGAAAGUAGCAGCAUUGCGAACUCGAUUUUGAAAAAAAACAUUUCUAUUAAUUCUUCGAAAUUAAUGAACGAUCGUUCAGCGAAUAAUAAUUCUAAAGUUUUUCAGCAGUCUAUAUCCAAUGAUGAAAAAACCAUAGAUAAGGAUGUAUCCGUUAAGAAGACAUUAAAGACAAAACCUGUAAGUAAAAUAACAGAAAAGAAGUCAAUGAAGAUCGACACGAGUUAUAACUCUCAGGAUGAAAGUGUAAUAUUAUCGAGAAGCACCUCUACCGAGUCCAUUGAUUUUUGGAGUGAAAUUAAAGCGCCGGGUAGUCCUGAAAUGAUGAGAUCGAAACAACAAAACGGAUUUCCUUUCCGCGAAACAAGUACUUCCAAAAUUGAAAAAAAUAUAAAUUUGAUGAAUUCAAAGAGGAAAGAUAAUGAAGAGAAAAUUGAGGCCGACGUUAAAAUGAGUACUAUGACGUUCGAAAAUUUAACAGUUGGAUUUAAUAAUAUAGUCUUCGAAAAGGAAAAAGAAAAAGAGGAAAUUGUUUCGAAAUCUUUAAGAUCAGAAAAAGCGGAAAUCGGGAAACUUGCAAAAGUUUCGACGGAAAUCGAAAGAAACGUACCGACGGUGCAAAAAAUACCAUUAAAAAAGAAGAAUCUUUCGAUAGCGAUCGAUACUAAAAAGAUAGGUCCGACCGUAAAGAAAGCUUCGUUGAAGUGCAACAAUUUCGAUACAACUUCUGUGACUACUCCAGUCGAGGUUACUAUACCGGAAAUAAAUAUAGUUGAAGCACCGGAGUUGUACAAAGAGUGCGACAAUCGGAAAGUCGAGGAGGAACAUGAAAAUCCCAGCACUCCAACAAACGAGCUGUCACUCGAUCCCUCUUUAAUCAGGAAAAUUUCAAGAUGGAGUAAUCAGGACGAUUUGACAAAUAUAGAUGAUGUCGAAACUCCAAUUGUGUCAGAGGAAACCAGUGUGGUCAGUAGUCCUAACGUUAGUUUGCAAUCCUCUAAAACGAAGCGUGCGAUUAAAAAGAAGAAACCAUCAACCAAAAAGACAUCAGACAAAAAUGAAAAGGUGUUAAAAGAGAGUAGUAAUGAAUUAAUAACGACAGUGAAUGAACGGAAUACGCUUAUCACAAAACUCGUACCUGAGAAGCAGCAUCUAGCAAAAAUUUUGCCAAAAACGUCUCCCAAGUCCAGCCCGAAGAAUACACCCUUACAACGGCCACUCGAUCUUAUGAGGAUGUUUUACACAACGCCUUCCGCACUGCUCACGGCUACGCCGCGGGAUCUCUCCAAAGUCAGACGGGCAAAGAUCAAGAGAAGACGGCAUCAUUCGCGAACACCGUCCAUCAGUAGCGACAGUACUGGAAGUACGACGAGUACUGUCACGACGAGGAGUACGGACGAGAAUGAAUCAACCCGCGUUGAACUAAAUGACGACUCCGAACAUAAGAGAAUGAAUUCAACAAGAAGCAACGAUUCCGGAUUCGACGGUUCACCAAGAAUUUUGAGUACUUAUUUUAUGAUUGUUUGCAUCGAAGUUUUGCCAUUGAACAUCUAAACGGAUUCUAAAUAUUUUUA